CCAUAGCUUGCUUCACGCACCACCACACACGUCCUUCAGUGCCCCUGCUUGGCUCCAAUGCCCCCGGGGCCACCAUCCUUGGAUUCGCCGAAGCGAUUACGAUACUCCGAGACGAGCACGAGACCAGUCACAAGCUCACUGCAGGGCAAGCCUGCGUCUAUCCUGCAGCCGCUCUGGUACUGUACUACUGUACUACUCUACGCAUGCUCAGUGCUCAUCUGCUGGCGUGUAUACAGCUAGACGUGCAGCCUGCUGCCUCUGCCCAAUUCCAAGGCACUCUCUAUCUCCCUCAUAAGUCUUGCAUUUCCCCCGGCGGUUUAUCCUCAAAUCCUUUCGCCGACACGCGGGUUUUUCUGACGGCAGCCGACAGUUCGAGGCUCGGCCCCGAAGUGACUCAUUCUGCUGCUCGUUGUCUGUUUCCCAGCCCUAUUUCUCACGUGGCACAUGGCACGCCUGCUUACCCUGCUUAGCCGGCUUUCGUAGCAUGCGUGCUUUCGCAGAGUGCCUGCUCUCGGAAAUCCCGGAGUAGACAUACCCUAUGUACCUUCCUAAAUCCUCCAGUCUAGUCCUACCGAAAUAAAGCCCAGCGCGGGCAAUCCCAGCCGACCCACCCGCCAUGUCAGCGGGCCACGCGGCGGCGAGCGGCGGUGGGGGAUCAUUGCUUCUGGAAGACGGAGCGGGCCUUUUUUUCCUAGACGACCCACCUUUCUCCUUCCCAGGGGGGGCGGCCCCCUCGUGGUCCCCCGCAGAUGCCGCUGUGCCGCUACCAGACCACGCCCCUGCGCUGCCGCCGCCCGCCGCUGCGGACAGCCGGCUUGCACACAGUCGCGAUAUAGACAGUCGCGUUGUAGGUAGUUGUCUCGCGGGGGAGUCAGGGCUCGGGGACGGGGAGAUGCUAGGCGGGAUCGUCGCGGCGGGCGACGGCGGGGAGGGCGGGCAGGCACGCGUCGCAGCAGGGGAGUCAAGCGACGACGGCGACGGGGAUGCGUGCAUGUGGGGGAUCGGCGACGGAGGUAUAGGUGCUGGCACGGGGUUUGACGCGGUUGAAAACGGUAUCGACGCGGGGAUGAAUGACGCGAGAGGCGGAGAAGAUGCGCGAGACCUAGACGACUUAGCUGCUGAGAUAGACGGCUCCAGGGGCGGCGGCGGCGGCGGCGGCGGCGGCGGACGAGGAGGAGAAGGGGGAGGGGAGGGGGGAGGGAGUGGAGUGUGCGGCAUGUACAUGCAGUGCGGCGACGACGACGACGAAUUGGACGAGGCCGGACUGGUGGAGGGCGGACUCAUUCUCGCUGACGUCAGCGGCCACGACGCGCCGGUGUUCUUAAGCGACCAUCGCGACCGUGCGACGUGUGCGACGCGUGCUGCCGCCGACGCAGACGAAGCAGCGGCAGCGGGGGCGGCGGCGGCGCGUGGUUUUGCCGGGCCCAUCGCUGCCACUAGCGAUUCUCGUGAUACUGCCGCGGAAACCCUAACACGUGGAUCUUCAGCCGUCGAUUCUGCAUCUGACGAUCCACGCCCGUCGGAUAACGUGGCUGCAGCAGCAGCAGCGGAUGACGCCGCGGCGGGAAACGCGGCGGCUAGACACGAACGCGCACCUGGAAACACAAUGCCUAUGGACACUAGCAGCGAUUAUAGACAGCAGUCCGGGUCGCGUGGGGGAAAUACCAACACCAGUACCAGGACGGGCGCGGGACAGGAGGCGUGCGGAAGGAUCCCCCCGCCUGUGCCUGCGCCUGCGCCUGCAUCCGCAGCAGCCGCAGCAGCGGAGGGGGCUCCUAGUGCCGCCCGCGGCCCCGCGCUCGUUGCUGCGGGGGCUUCUGGCGGAACGCAGGCCGGUGCGGAAGGGGCGGUCUGUCGGCCCACCGACGCGUUCCCUAGCACCGCCGCCCCCCCCGUGAGCUGCACCAGCAGCGCGGGUGGCGGAGGCAGCAGCGGGGGCGAGGGGCUCGGCGGCGUCGGCGGGUGCAGCGGCGGUGGCGACGGUGGCGGUGGCGACGGUGGCGGUGGCGACGGCGGCGGUGGUGACGGCGGCGCUAGUUUCGGCGGGAGCGCGCGGGAUCAGGAGUUAUGGGGGGGGCACGCGGAGGGGAAUGCGGAGGGGCCGGACGAGGAGCUCCUGCGGCUGCUGGACCAGCAGCAGUGGAGCUUCCUGCAACAACCGGUCGAGGCCGACUCGCUCCCUCCUGCCGGCGGGGCGCUCACUGGCGACAGCUUGGCCGCUGCUGCUGGUGCUGGUGCUGCUGGUGGUUACCAUGAUCCUAGUCGUCGUCGUGAUGCGCCGCCGCAUGACGUGUCCAUGUCGCACGCGUCGCGCGGGUCGCACGCGUCGCAGGGGUCGCUUAUGUCGCACGAAUCGCAUGGCCUCGCCUCUGGCGGUGGCGUUUCCCCGCGGAAGUCCUCCGCGCGCUUGCCCCCCCCCUCCCCCAGCAUUCACUCCGCCGCGGCUGCAGCCGCGCAGGCGCCGGUUCCCCUGCCUAGCGCCGCCGCGGGUGCCGCCUCCGCGGCUGUGCGCCACGCGCGGGGGGGGGGGGCGUGGAGUGCGCCACAGGGCAGCACUGAGAGCGCCAUGGUGAGUGGCGGAGGGUCCAUGGGGUCCGGGGGAGCAGUAGUAGGGGCGUGCGGGGAAGAGCCGCAGGUGGAGGAGCAAUGGGAGCAGCAGCUGCAACAACUGUUACAGCAGCGGCAGCAGCAGCAGCAGCAGCAGCAGCAGCAGAUGGGAAUAAAGCCCAUACCGGCGCCGUUGGUUGGAAUCGGAACAAGGGCGCGGAUCCAGGGGGGAGGGAGAAGAGCUGACGUGGCAGCAAGCGCAGCAGCAGGGAUACCAUCACCAUCACCACCAGCAGCAGCGGCGGCGGCGAGUGAGGCGCCUAUGGCGGUACCUGUAGUAACAGCCUCCGAUAUCUGCUCUGGGAAUGCGGCAGUGGCAAUGGCGUCCGCUGCAGAAGCCAUCGCGGCAGGCAUCGGAGCAGCAGGAGGAGGAGGGGGGGAACCCGGCGAUACCAGUGGCGGCAGCAGCAGCAGAAGAAGAAUGGUGGGAGCGGCUGCUGCUGACAGGCUGACACCUGGCCGCCACACGCGGCACGCCAGCUGGCAGCUGGGCGGGGCGGGCUCGCUUGUCUCCACUCUCGUGCUCACGCCUCAGGGCGUGGCUCUGGGCGGCGGCGGGGGCGGCGGGGGAGAAGGGAUGGGAGGGCAGGGCGCUGCUUUUAGCAGUGGUGGGAGGGGCAACCGGGCCAGUGUUUCUGCUGUGGGUGGCAUGGGUGUUUCUCGGGGGGGGGCUGCUCGAGCGUCGGAAUCAGCAGGUGGUGCUGGCAUAAUGUCCGCCUUUGGCGCUUCAGCAGCAGCGGGAGGAGGAGGAGGGGGAACGGGUGGAGCAGCAGUGAUACUGCAAGUUGCACCAGGUGACAUGGGUUGGAGGCAGCGGGACAGCCGGAUUCUGAGGAAGCGAUGUGCCACGUGGACGGGAGGGGAGACGUCGGAUGGUCCCAGCGUGGGAAUGAUGGGCGGUGGGGAUGCGUUCUAUGGGCUUGCUGGGGUUGCUGCUGCAGGGGGUGGUGGUGGUGGGAUUGGUGGUGCGGGUGGGGGUGGGGGUGGUGGUGGGGGUGGGGGUGGGGGUGGGGGUGGGGGUGGGGGUGGGGGUGGGGGUGGGGUGGGGGUGGGGGUGGGGGUGGGGGUGGGGGUGGGGGUGGGGUUGGAUGGCCGGAGGUCAUGGGCUUCUGAAGGGCGGGGGACGGUGGGCGAUGAGGAUGGGGUGGGGCGGGAGGAGCUGCAGGUGCUGCUGGCGCAGGCGAGGGAGCAGGGCCUCGGCCAGAGGCAGAUGAUUCUGCGGCAGCUGCUGCUGCAGCAGCAACGGGACUUCCAGCAGCAAGAGCAGCAGACGAAGCCAUACCAGCUGCAGCAACAGCAGCAGCAGCAGCAGCAGCAACAGCAGCAGCAGCAGCAGCAGCAGCAGCAGCAGCAACAGCGAGUGCAAGAGACACGGGUAGCAGGGUUGGCGUGUGGUGGUGGUGAGAGAAACGCUCGGGAGAGCUCAGCCACAGAUACACUCAUGGACAGCCACAUUCCCCACGGUGGUAAUACCAGCAGCACCAGCAGCAACAACAGCAACGACAAAUCAGAUGUCGCCAGGUGGCAGUCGCUGGUGGCCCUGACCCAGGGCGCAGGGUCCAUAGUCCCCGUGUCAUCGUCUAAGAAGGCCCGCUGGGGGUCCAAUCAGAGCACAUCUGAAACCUCUACUGGUGCGGCCGCUGGUGCUGGUGGUGGUGCCACUACUGGUGCUGGGUUUGGUGCCACUACCGCAGCAGCAUCUUCGGGGCUUGCGUACUCCCUGCGUCCGUCCCUCCCUCCUGCUGUCUCUGCUGCUUCUAUGGCCGCCGCUGCAGCUGCAGCAGCAGGGGGUAGGGGAGUAGGUACCUGUCUUGCUGCUGCUGCUGGCGGUGGUGCUGGUAGUGGUGGCGGUUUAAGUGGUAUAUCGAAGCAUGGCCUACCUUCGCUCUCCCACAUGCACCCGCCUCUCUCUCGCUCCAUGUCCGAGCCCCUCCCACUGCAUCUCUCCUCCUCCUCCGCCACCUCCCCUCUCCCCCACCCGUAUUCCUCCCUCACCCCUCCCUCGUCCUGCUCUUCCAUACCCCUCCCACCAGCACACUCACCAAUCACACCGGGAACGUCAACGGCAGGAUCAGCAGCAUCAGCCGCUGCUGGUCCCAGAUCUUUCAAUACCACUGCUGCUGCUGCUGCAGCGGGAUCAAUGCCGCCCCUCUCCAUAUCCCCCACGGGCCUCCCCACCCCCUCGCCUGGUCAUCAGGGAGUGGGGGGGAGUCAGGGGCGGCAGCAGCAGGCAGCAGGGCACAAGGGAGCGGGCGAGAGUCUGGACUGGUACGAAAUGAACGUGGCGGUUCAACUGGCGGCUGCUGCUGCUGCUGCUGCUGCUGCUGGAGGGGGGAAAAGAGCAACAGGGGGGCUCGGCAGCAGCCGCAGUGGUGGCGGUGGCAGCAGGGAGGGCGUAGCUGGCAUUGCCAGCUCAACAUUGGCAUUGUUACAGCAGCAGCAGCGGCAGCAGCAGCAGCAGCAGCAGCAACAGCAGCAACAACAGCAGCAGCAGCAGGAACAGCAGCAGCAGCAGCAGCAGCAGCAGCAGGCACAGCAGGUAUCGUUGGGUUGUGCAGGUGCGGGCAUGGCAGGGAGCAGUGACAGUGCGGCACACUCCUUGGCCCUUCAGCAGCAUUUAGAGGCAAAGAUCCGAGCGCGGUUGGCAGCAGCGUCAGCAGCCGCUACGCCAGCAGAUCCCACUUGUGGGCGGGCCAUGGCAGGGGAUGGGCGGAAGGGGAAGGGAUAUGAGGAGGCAGAUACAGGAGCGGCAGGGCAUUCACAGCUAGGGUUUGCUCUCAUGCACCAGCUGAUGCAGCAGCAGCAGCAGGAUGGGCAGACGGAGAGGCAGCUUGUGAUGCAGGGGUUAGAGAGCAGCAGAGUGAGCAUGGGUGGUGGUGAGGGAUCGGGUAUGCAUGUGGAGACUGGGGCAGCACGUGCUGACCUUCAGAGAAUGCUGUUGCAGCAUAUGGAGCACCGACAGCAGCAGCAGCAGCAACAAAAACAGGAACAGCAGCAACAGCAGCAGCAGCGGCAACUGCAGCAACAGCGGCAGCAUGCUGCUGCUGCUGCGGCUGCUGCUGCUGCUGGUGCAAGUGACGCUCCUCCAGCCGCUGCAUUUGCAGCAGCAGCAGCCAUUGCAGGGAGCACCAGUGCAGCUGCCACUGCUGCAGCUGCAGGGAUCAGUGGCUUUGGCAGGGCGGGCUCCGCAUCAGCACUGGCAGGUGCAGGAGAGAGGGGAGGAGGAGGGAGAGUGGGAGUGGGAGUGUCGGAGUCGCUGUCUCAGUUGUUAGAGGCGAAUCAUCAUGCUGUUGGUGGUGGGACUCAUGCACACCUCUCUGCUGCUACUCUUGCUGCUGUUGCUUCUCAGCUUGCAGCAGAGCAGCAGGGAGAGGGCAUGCAUAUAGGAGGCAUGGCCAAUCCUGCUGUAGAGGUGAGUCUGUUUCCGGAAACUGGGCUGAGCCCUUCAAGCACCCAAUUUAUCUUUGUCUCAUUGAAGCAUGCAUCCAAUUCCACUCAUGUUCCCCUGGAACUCUAUCCCUCGACUUUUCUUCAGGAUCAAAUUGUGCAGUUCACGUCCCACCUACCUUUGCAGGUCUUGCAGCACCAGCAGCAACAGCAGCAGCGGCAGCACCAUCAGCAGCAACAGCACUUGCAUCUGCGGCAGCAGUUGCUCCAACUUAGCCAACAGCAGAAGCAGCAGCAGCAGCAGCAACUGCUGCAGCAAAGCCAGCAGAUUCAACAUCAAAAGUUGCUUGAACAGCAGCAGCAACAAAUGCACCAGUUUCGUCAGCACAAACUGGCACAGCUCCAGCAGCAACAACAGCUGCAGCAGCAACAGCCACCCCAGCAGGCUUCUGCUGUGGCCAUGACUCAGCGUCUCUUGGCCAGCCUUGACCCGCAGUCUGCUGGGGCUACUGGGGGUGCGGGUGAGCAAGGCAUGUGGGUGGAUACCUCAACUUUUUAGUCCCUAGUUCUGUUUGUGUUACCUUGCGUCUAUUCUCUUCCCCUUCCUGUGCAGUAUGCACGUGGAUACCUGACUGGUGGACUUGUAGAAUCUGUUGCCUUGUGUGUUUGAUCUGAAUGACAUGCUGCGAAUGCAGCAGUUGGAAGAU